ACAACCAUUCAGUUCAUACUCUCUCAUUCCUUCUCUCUCUCCUCUCAUUCUCAAAUCUCUGCAACUACUCCCUCAAUAGACCAUCAACACCAUCUGAAAAAGCACCCAGAAAUCUCUCACCUGAAAAUUCAAGACUUAGAUCAUCAAAGUUCCCAAAAAGUAUCAGCCCUCCUUGAAAACCCUACUAGCACUGUACAAACCACACGAACAAGAACAAGAAAGAAGAGGUAGAAAAGACAAAGAGGAAGAGGAAGAGGAAGGAAUAGGAUAUACUAAUUUAGGGUGCUUGUUUCUUUGUUGGAGAUGGAGCUAUUUCCAGCACAACCAGACCUAUCUCUACAAAUCAGCCCACCAAAUAGCAAAUCCACAUCAGGUUGGAGGAGGACAGAAGAUGAGAUUAAUUUGGGUUUCUGGAAGAGAGCUUUGGACUCCCGAAACUCCAUAUCCUCAACGGCCAAACCGAAUAACUUUUUCGAUCUUUCCUUGUCGAAUCCAAUGGUUUCUGAGACCAACUCCAACAAUUUUCAGUUCCGCCAGAAUGGCAACACCAAUCUUUUCCAUUCCUUUCAACAGAACCAGUACCCAAAUCAUCCAGACCAAUUUCAUCAGAUUCAUCAACUAUUUCAGCAACAACAACAUAAUGAGAUCAGCCCAGAGCUUGGUUAUUUGAGACCCAUACGAGGAAUUCCAGUAUAUCAUCAAAACCCUCCUUUCCCUUUUUCUCAGCAGCCUUUGGAUAGUUCUGUAUCAACUACCACUGCUUCAAGAACCAUUAUUUCAAGUCCUUUUCAGUCUCAAGGCCUAAUACGAUCAAAGUUUUUGUCAAGGUUUCCGGCCAAACGUAGCAUGAGAGCGCCUCGGAUGCGGUGGACUACUACACUUCAUGCUCGGUUUGUUUAUGCUGUUGAGCUUUUGGGUGGCCAUGAAAGAGCUACACCGAAGUCAGUUCUUGAGCUCAUGGAUGUGAAAGAUCUCACCUUGGCACAUGUUAAAUCCCAUUUACAGAUGUAUCGAACAGUCAAGACCACCGAUAAGGCUGCAGCUUCUUCAGGACAAUCGGACGCAUUUGAAAAUGGGUCAUCUGGGGAUACAUCUGAUGAUUUAAUUUUCGACGCUCAAAAUCCAAGAAUGCCAGAAGUAGCAGAACAACAGGGAAGGCAAAAUGUGCAUCAAGAUAAGGAUUACCAUGGCCUGUGGCAAAACUCUUCAAGCAGAGAAGCUUGUUUGCAUGGGAAACAAAUGGACUGUGGAGGGAAUAUAACAUCUAUUCAGGUACCCAUCACUUGUUCAGUCUAACAGAGUAGGCCUUCACUUUGGAAGUUUAAUGAGUGAUCUUUGUAUGUAGAUGCCUCCAUGCAAGGGAAUCUAUAUAUACUUGUAUUCUAUCAGAAAAUAGCUUUUCAAAAGCCGGCCAAGUCAUGUACAAAUUCAAGGUCAAUAGCAAUUAAAAAAAACUAAAAGCACAAGAAAAUAAAUUGUUCAUGAGAAAAUCUUAACUUUUAAGUUGUUUUAGUCCAAAGAUAGUGUCAAUUGGAUCAUGUGGUAUCAGAUUGGUCUUGCCAGUUUGAGUUCGUGUGAAUAUGUUUCCUAAUAGUCCACUCUGUUUGAUUAAUGUGUCAGAUAAUUUCACACGAACCUGGUUUAUUUACUAUUGAAUCUUGUUAGGAAAACACGUGUACCUCGUGAACUACAACCCAGGAAUACUACUCCAUUUCCUCUCAACCAAACUCAUCACUUACGGAUCCAAGGAUUCAUACUGAAAUCAAAAAAAAAUAAAUAAUAUAUAUAUAUAUUUGUUAAAACCACGUUAUUAAUAUAUGAAAUUAAUUCAAUAAUUUAUUAUUCAUGUGCUGGACAUUUCGGC